CGUUUCUUUCCUUUCCCUUUAUAAAUUUGCUGAUCCUUUUGUGUUGUGCGUGAGAGAGAGAAGAGAGAGAGAGAACUUAACAAGAAACUAAGAUGGCACAAGUGAAGAACAAACAAGUGAUUCUAAGAGACUAUGUGUCUGGUUUUCCUAAGGAAACAGAUAUGAACAUUGUUGAAAGUACCAUAACUUUGAAGGUUCCAGAAGGUUCCAAUGAGGUUUUGCUCAAGAAUCUCUACUUGUCUUGUGAUCCAUACAUGCGGAAUCUUAUGAACAAACCCGAUGGCCCUUCUGUUGGUCGUAACUAUACCCCUUCCUCUCCAUUAGGAGGAUAUGGUGUGGCUAAAGUCCUGGAAUCUGGACACCCUGAUUAUAAGAAAGGUGAUUUAAUAUGGGGUUUGACUAAGUGGGAAGAGUAUAGCUUGGUCCCCUCAGCUCAAAUACAUUUCAAAAUUGAGCACACUGAUGUCCCACUUUCCUACUAUACUGGAAUUCUUGGUAUGCCAGGAAUGACUGCGUAUUCGGGUAUUUUUGAAGUAGGUUCUCUCAAGAAAGGAGAGAAUGUUUUUGUUUCAGCUGCCUCUGGUGCAGUUGGUCAACUUGUUGGGCAGUUUUCUAAACUGUCGGGUUGUUAUGUCGUUGGAAGUGCUGGAACUAAAGAAAAGGUGGAUUUAUUGAAGAAUAAAUUUGGAUUCGAUGGAGGUUUUAACUACAAGGAAGAGCCUGACCUCAAUGAAGCUUUGAAAAGGCACUUUCCAGAAGGCAUCGAUGUUUACUUUGAGAAUGUUGGGGGCAAGACACUUGAUGCCGUACUGCUGAAUAUGAGAAUCCAUGGCCGCAUACCUGUAUGUGGAAUGAUCUCACAGUAUAAUCUUUCUCAACCUGAAGGUGUAACAAACUUAACAUCUCUCAUAUAUAAACGGAUUCGUAUGCAAGGUUUUGUUGUAGCUGAUUUCUAUCACCUAUAUCCCAAAUUCCUGGAGUUCGUCCUGCCUCUUAUAAGAGAAGGGAAGAUUGAGUAUGUUGAAGACAUAGCCGAGGGUCUUGAAAAUGGCCCUGCAGCAUUGGUUGGCCUUUUUAGUGGUCGAAAUGUUGGAAAACAAGUGCUUGUUGUUGCUCGUGAAUAAAAGCAUUUGCUUUUUCUAUACAUUGUUAUGUUAUCAGUUUUUGUUCUGAUUUUUGGUUGAAAAUGUAGCAGUCUUUAUAUCACCUUUGCAGUCAUCUUACUGAACUGUAUGAUGAUGUUUUCUAUUGCUGAUUGUCUUGUGGGCAGUAUCAAAGUACUAUAUACUUGUUGCUCGUGAAUAAAAAAGCAUUUGCUUUUUCUAUACA